AUAACGAUAACUUUUCAUACUUUUAUAAACCAUGCGAAAAUCUGAAUGUACAAUUUUUUUGUGGGUAGCUUUUACAGUAGCUUAUAUAUAUUGGAUACUUUCUGUAAAUUUUUUGACAGAGAAUCAUACAUUUUUUUCUAAAGAUAUUAGUAAAAAUAAAGAUAGAAAAAUAUCAACAAAUAUUACGUUUAGAACUACCCAACAACAAAAUGAACUAAAUUGGUACAAAGAAAAUAAAACGCAAAAGCAGGAACAACCACAAAAUAAUGAUGAUCAUUACAAACUUCCAGUACAAGAACUGCAGAUAAUACACGAAAUAAAUAGACAUCGAGAAAAAGAAGAAUUUCAAGAGAUACAUGAAAUCAGAGAACUUCAAGAAAAAGAAAAAUUACAAAAGAACUACACAAUCGAGAAACUGGAACAAGAACUGCAAGAGAUACGCGACGAAAAACGUCGGGUAAAAGAAGAACAAGUUUCACAAGACUACGAAAUCAGCAAACAAAAAUUAAUUCAACAAAAUGAACAACAUGGCACGACAGCCACACCAAACAUUAAAUUAAUAACUAGACAAGAAGAAAAUUCAAAGUUACCAAAAAAAAAUCAAAACGCUACCGAGCAGCAAAAUAAAAUACUAUUACAAAAUCAUAUAGUACCAAAUAUAAAAUUAACAAAUAAUGAGAGUUAUACAAUCCAAAUGAAAUAUAAUCAGCAAGAAAAGUAUGAAAAUAAUGAAGACACCAAUAAAUCAGCGGAAAAACUCCUAGAAAAAUGCAAAAUUAGUAAAAUCUUUAUUUGGUCAAUUGGCCGAUCAGGUUCAACGAUUAUGGGAAGUUUGUUUAACAUUCAUCCAGAUGUAGUAUACUAUUAUGAACCUCUGCACGAUUUAUACAGGCAGCAUAAAUGGAUUUAUCAGAGAUUGUACGGAACAGAAAACCGAACAGAGAUUUUAUAUACUGCAAUAUCAAAAAUUGACGAUAUUUUUAACCAACCACUUAAAACUAACAAAUGCAAUCAUAUUGUUAUAAAAGAGUUACAUCCAAAGUUACCCGGGGGCUUGAUACGAUUUUCUGCUAAUUCGAGACAUACUAUAAAAUUUAUACAUUUAAUACGAGAUCCAAGACCGGCCUUAAAUUCUAUGCUCUAUUUAAAAUGGUUUCAAAAAUCUGACUUAGCUGUAGUUGCUGAAAAUCUCUGUCAAGCCACUUUAAAAGAUUUUAAAUAUGGCAGCACGUAUAUGAGUAAAAACAUAUAUCAUAUGAUCAAAUAUGAAGAGCUUUGCACAAAUCUUACAUAUUAUGUUGAGCGAUUACUGAACUUCACUCAACUUAAACCAAGUACUAAAUUAAAUGAGUAUGUCGCAAAAAUACAGCAAAGAAACAACGGUAGUGUUAAUGCUUACGAUACUGAAAGAAAUCUUAAAGUACAGUUAAUUAAUUGGAGAAAAAAUAUAAAUAUAGAUGUUGUUAACACUAUUGAAAAGUAUUGUUUUGAUAUGAUGAAUAUCUUAGGUUAUAAACAUGUAAAUGGAAAUUUAAGCUUACUUAGAAAUUUAUCAAUAACUUUGCAUUAAAAUUAAUCAAAAAAUCAA